GGCUUAUUCAGCAACGAGCUUGUUAAACUACAUAUCAGGAAGUUUCACAUUUGUACCAUAAAAAUUUUACUUUACAAUACUUUUAAGUAACUUUAUCCUCUUAAUGGGAAUUUUGACAGGCAAACAAUCUAACAAACACAAGUGAAGCUAAUGGCAAUACAGUAAGUAACACUUUUAGUCCACAAAUAAAUGAUAUUGAAUCACCUUUAAGUACAGGUGGGGUGUUUCCUGUCCUCUCAACUCCGCCACAUUGCGCUGCUAUGUUUUCUACGUGAGCCCAGAAUGGACAAAAUUCAUCACUUAGAUACUUCUCAGUAACUUUGUCCUCUUAAUAGGAAUUUUAAAAGGCAAACAAUCUAACAGGAACAAGUUAAGCUAAUGGCAAUGCAUUAAGUAACACUUUUAGUCCACAAAUAAGUAAUAUUGAGUCACCUUUUAAGUACAGGUGGAGUGCUUCCUGUCCUCUUAACCCCGCCACUUUGCGCCGCCAUGUUUUCUACGUUAGCUCAGAACGGACAAAAUUCAUUACCUUGAUACUUUUGAGUUACUUUAUCCUCUUAAUGGAAAUUUUGAAAGGCAAUCUAAUAGACACAAGUUAAGCUAAUGGCAAUACAUAAAGUAACACUUUUAGUCCACAAAUAAGUAAUAUUUUAGUCUAUAAAUACGUACAAUUAAGUCACCUUUAAGUACAGGUGGGGCGCUUCCUGUCUUCUCAACUUCGCCACUUUGCGCCGCCAUGUUUUCUACGUUCGCCCAGAACGGACAAAAUUCAUCGCCGGCUCCGCUCUGGUGUUAGCCUAUAUGACUCCUACGGUUAGCGCUGUUUCUCUAAAAUGCGCUUAAAUGAAGUUGGGGUCAGUAAGUACCACUCUACAGAAGCUGACAGUACGAGUAUUAUAAAUUCCAGACUCAUACGUUUUAAUUAAAACUUGUAUUUAGUCCACCACGAGCAUUACAACUUUCAUUUAUAAAGUUAUGAGGGUUGUGUUCAAGAACUGCACACAAUGUAGGAAAGCCAAGGGUCAUAUUUAUUUCAGUACUUGAGACAUAUUUAAAAAAAAAAAAAAAUGACAGUAUGUACAUAAAAAUUUGCAAAUAUCACACAGGAAAAUCCAAAACGUUAAUCUCAGAGGCUAUGAAACAUACAAUAACAACAAAGAUAGCAAAACAUUAAUUAAUUUGUCUAUAUUCAAUAAAAGCUUUAGUAUGAACAUUGGGGGCAGCUCAGAUAUAAAAAGAUGACAAAGUAGAUCUUUACUUUUAUUUCCGUUACAAAAAAUGUAUUUCAGGAUAAAAAAUGAAUGCAGUUUAGAGUAAAAACAAUCUUGUGUCCACACAUUUAUGCAUCAGACUCAAAGGCACCAUUAGUCUGGCCUGUCGGUCUCUUCGGGAGGGGUCUCUUGGUUAUUCUACCUCUCUUCUGGGUGCUGGUCAAUUCGGAGGCAUCUGCAUCUGAACAUGUGGCUUGAGAAGGAGACACAGGGACUGCUAGCUUCUUCACCUUCUUUUUCCUCCUAGCUCUAUGGGAGCACCAGUGUACAAACAAAAGUAUAUCUUUUAAAAUAUGUCAUAUUUCCAUGAAUUAUUUUUGCUUGAGAGAUAAAAACUUUUGAGCUUCACGCAGGCACCACAACCGUGUGAAAAAGAAUCAGAGAAUUCAGAAAGAAGUGAGCCACUUACCUGGCGUCCAUCAUCUCAGGCUCGGUGUCAGAGUGCGUCGGCUCAGAAAGAAACCUAAGCUCACCAGAAGAGCUAAUUGCAGCAGAUACCUUGAAAAAGCAGGAGGGAAGAAAAGAAGUAGAAGACAGAAUGAAAGGAGAAGAAAAUGCACCCAACACCAUUGGACCACAAUAAUGAGGAAUUGUUUUAACUCUCUUUUGGAUCAUAUAUAAAAGUGCUAUCCCACUACAGGUUGACUUGUGGCUCAUCAUCUAUCAUAGUUUUACUUAAGCUGGGCUGAUCGCUCUACAAAAGCAUGGCAGUUUUAUUUUUCCACAACAGCUGAAAUAUGUUCUCAGCAUAUAGUACACGUUUAACUGUAGAUUUCAUGAGAAUUUUUCAGCAGGAGAAUCUCACUGUAGCUCAGGCAGUCAUAAGGAAGCACAUGACAUGCAAAUCCUAAAAGUAUUCGCAGAAUUUGGGUUACAGUAGUAGGAUUGAAAAAACACUGCGAGACUGUGCUUAAGACAAAGCAGUGCAGAUAUUUAAUGCUAAGUCAGCAAACCAACAGCUUCACAUGAAAACGGUAACAGAGAAGUGUUAAGUAAGUGUAAUAUUUCGCAUGUUUAAAAGAUUUAAUUUGAAAUAUUUGGGAACUGAAAUUUGCUAGUUGGUAUACAAAUAUUCCCCAUUUAGGCCUGUACAUAAUUAAGAUACUAACUUUUCAAAGCCACCUUUCUAGCCCCAAGUGUAUGAAACAUGAAAAGUUAAGUAAAGUAUGACUAUCCAGAGACCAAAGCAAAGGAAGACCUCCAUAUGCAGUGCAAGAAAUGAAUACCCCACCACAACAACACCUUGUUUCACCUCUUUCCCAUACUUAUCUCCUUACCCUGGUUGGGGUUGACCUCUCGACAGUCCCCUCAGAAGGGGCAGGUGGUGCCUCCGCGGCCUGGGUGGCUUCUUCAUUGAAGUCCCCUGCAAUACAACACAACUCCAAGUCAUGUGACCCUGUUUGGGACCUAAUGCAUAUCAUCCAUCAGGUGCUUAUUACCGAAGAUAACAUCAAGUGUCAGCCCUGUUGUCUAAUUAGAUGACUUGUAGAUUAAUUGGAACUUCAAAAAGAAAAUGUAACACUCACUCUGGUCUACGACAUAAGAUGUAAGAAAAUAUCCCUGUUCCCCAUUGACCAGACGCCCAAACCACCAGUUGUCAUUGUCUUUGUAGAGCACUUGAAUGACAUCGCCGCGGUGUAUGGUCAGUUCAUCAGAGCGAUUAGCUCUAUAAUCAUAGAGCGCAACGACCUAGAAAAGACAAGGUGACGGGGGGAUUACAUAUGAGAGUGAAGGUUUCAUGUGAAUGUGUUUACAGCUACAGUCUGUACUUACAAUUUGUUGCACAGGUGCAGAAUCUGCUUCUACGUUGAUGCCGCUGGGAAAGAGGUCAGGAAGGGCCUGGGGGAGUGAAAACAUUAUGUUUAUCCUGCAGGAGCUGUAUGAUAGCUCAUAGUUGACUUCCAAAUGCAGUAUCUGGUUCAGAUUCCAGUCAAAGAAUGUGAAACUACUAAAGCCAUACCUGCAGCCGGAAAGAUCCUCUUAGCCGCUGACCAACUGGACUAAACCCUCCUGAAAAAAAACAAGAAUGCAAGAAUAAAAAAUGAAUGGCAUCACUAUUUCAUCCUAAGAGUGUUACACGAUGCUCUCAUGCUGUACCUUGUGCAGCAGUAAUCUUGUUUAAUAUUCAAAGAGCAGCAGUAAAACCAUUCACUGGUUUAAGACAUAUAAGUGUGCCAUUAACAGUGUGAGCUACUUACGGUUUUGGGUGCUAAGAGCUGCUUGGGGGAUCAACUGCUCAGCCAGAGAACCAGACAGCUGCAGCUUGGAAUGUGGGGACAAGUAAGACGGAGGUGGUAAUGAAGCGUUUAACCCAGCCUGCAAAGAAAAUGAUAAAUUUUUUAUUUUUUUCCACUUCAAAUAAUCCUAAAUCAGUUGUUACUCUCCUUUUAUUACCACCAGCUCAAGCUUUCUAAUGCAACUUUCCUUGUCAGUGGUUAAUUAUAAUUUUCAUGAUUGACUCUUCAAAAUGUUAAACUUUGAGAUUUGUGUUUGUGGUGUUUCAAGUUUCAGCGCCUGGACUGGUGAGUCACCAGGUAUGAGCUCAACAAACACUGAGGAUUACUGAUCCAGAACUCACCAUGCCAGACUCUGAUGUCAAGCUCCUUCCUGUGUGUGUCAGUCCUGUUUUGCCUGCAAACCAAACACACAAAAGACGGAUCACUCGCUGUCUUAAGAGACAAUGAAUUAUACAGGACAAAGCUGAGGUUGAAAACACAAACUUUACCCUGCUCAAACAUGUAUCCAGAAGUUGAAGACUUGUGUUGAGGCUCCUGGAAUAGUGAGAAAGAGGACGUUUCAGUGGAUGUAACUGUAUGAAUGUCUGUAUUUUCAUUUGAAUGAAUGUAAACGAGUCAGAAAUGUUACUUACAAGAACUGAGUUCAGUGUUUCUUUGAUACACUGCAUUUUUAAUGCAAGUCGUGCUGUAUGUGCAAACUGAUCCAUCGCUGAAGAAGCAGAUGUGUCCUGUAACACUGGCGUAUCAGGUGUGUUCCUCAUAGUUCUGAUGUCGGCUGAAGCUGAUCUGCUCAUGGCCUUUAUAUGAUGCACCUCCAUCUGGGACGCUUUGAAACACAGUGACAUAUUUACAUCUCAGUUAGCUCAGGAAUAAGAGAGGAGGAGGAGAAAAAGGGGCUUGUUAUGCUCUCUCCACAAACCUUUCCGAUCAUACAGGUACACAUGGACAGGCUGGCCUUGACCAAAGGCACAGAAAGCCACCAUGUUUUCAUGCGGGUGGAACGACACACCGUGUAGAGCAGUGGGGUAACAAAGCUCAGAGUAGACGGCAACUUGGUCACCUGGGAAGACAAACAGACUGACAGCUGGAGUCAUUCUGCAAAUAUAGUAAUCAAGAAUAGCCUGACUUCUGUAUCACAAAAAAAAGAAGCAAAAGCAUCAUCCUCACCCGUGUCAGCAUUCCAGACAUAUGCCAUCCCGUCCUCACUACCGGAGAAGAUGAAGUUCCCACAUGGCGUGAAAGUGCUGUAGAUCCGCUCUCUGUAGUUUGUGGCUCCAGUGUAUUUCUUUACAGCCAGACUGAAAGAGAGAGAAAAUGUGGCUAUAACAACAACCAUGUAUUAAUAUACAUGUGAGGACAUGUUUUAGACUACUGUUAGUGCUAGUAUAAUGUGUAUGUGUGUUAAUUGGCUCAGAUGUUUGCUUUAUCCUAUUCCCAUUUGUUCCUACAAUACUUAAUUGUUAUUAGAGUCAUCACUAUUGUUAAAAAGCCCGAUUGGUAAUGUUGGCAAACGACAAGAUCUGUGUGCAUCACAUCUAAAAAACGGAGGGUGCAGCCUUUCUAAAACAUGUCUUAGUUUAUAUUUUAAAUGGCUGUCAACUUGGUGAAAAGUUUUAUAAAGAAUUUGACACACUUAAUCAAUUCAGGUAUGAAAUGCACCACAAAAAUCCAGCCUGCAAUCCAGAAAACCAAACCAAAUCAGUGGCCACGCUCAGAAUAAAGAUUCAGAAUACAGCUCAACAGAUCCUUUUGUCUAAUCUUAUUUACAUUCUUAAAUCCAUCAUCCGGAGCACACUGUCUUUGGCGUGGAUGAGCAGGCACCGGCCAUUCGGAUGGAGCUGCAGCAUGGUGACAGGGAUCCCCUUGAGGUCGCUUUCGUCAAUUUUCUGCAAAAGAGAAAACACGCACAGUUUCAAACAUCUCUCCAUUCUCUUUUGAACUUGCACAAGCAGAACUUUUUAUGCUUUAUGCAUGCACAUGUAGUCGACUCUGAUCUCAAUUACCUUCUCUAUACUCCAGCGACUGCACGGCUGACGCUGCCUGCUGUCAUUUACGGAAGUUUUCCACACAAUGAUGAGGCCCGUGUUGUCUGCAGAGAACAUCCUACUCCCUGGUUGCAACAAAUACAAUAACAGAGCAUCAGCUAUAACAGGGUGCGAUAAUAUUACACUCGAUCUGCAUUACAGAAGAAGACGGGCCUCACCCCUCAUAAACAGAGUCGCAGAUGGUAAGAGCAUAAAAAAUGGAUAGUGCCCUCCAUAAUAUUAUGUUGACACAUGCAUGCAGUAAAUUCCCACUUUUAUCUGAGUCUCGUGACUGUUUUAUUGUCACACAAUAACACUAUUUGGAAUCAAUCCUAUCUUGUGCAUGAAAGCAGUUGGCAUUGGUCCUAUCUCAGCACGUACUGGGUGAGAGGUACAGUGUGCCAAUUCAUGAUCAUGUUUGUAAAUGUGCGGCAGAGACACAGCAAUAGUUACCUUCAAAGUCAAAGCAAACUGUGUUGAUGAAACUGCUGUGACCCUCAAACUCCUGCAGCAGCUGGCCGUUCACAUCAUCCACAUCCAACCUCCACACCCUCACCAAAGAGUCGUAACCCCCUGUCACCACCAGGUUCUGGGCAGUGGGGUGGUACUGAGCGCAGUACACGAAGGAGGGAUGAGGGAGAACCUUCUGGGCCGUUCCCGAAAGUUUCUCCACGUUCCAUUCUCUGAGGAAGAGAGGAAGAAGAGUUGAAUAAUGCAUGUACAAGACAAGUUGUGGAAAAUAUGCUGUGUCACCAGAGGGGAACUUUUCAAUACCAGGACAGUUUACUCCCUCUAGAGGCACAACAAAAACACUGCAGCUACAUCAACUCAGUCAUUCAUUUUCUGUAUGAUGUAAUUAUCAGAAACAUACCUGACAGUUCCAUCAGAGGAGGCAGACAAAAGGCUCCAAUCAUCUCUGGACCAGCAGAGAUCAUAAACUAUCUUCAGAUGGCCACUGAAAGCUGCUAAAACUUUACCAGAUGGAAUCUCAUACACUGAAACAGAAAAAAAAAACACCUUUAUUAGCCAAUAAAUUAGAGUACUUUAAGUUGUAUGGACAUGCUGGGGGCAGUAGGCUCCUGAGUAAUGACAACUGUGCAGAAAGAGCAGGUUAAUUAGCCAGAGAUUUCCGCUGAGGAGUCUACGAGAGCAUCAGCGAGGGGGAAAGUUUACAGCUGCUGAUGAGGUGUUGCUUACCUACGACAGGGAAAGCGUCUCUGUCAGCACACGCAGCAGCCAGGAUCGUGCCAGAGUGAGAGAAGAGCACCGUGAAGCACCCCAUCUGGCCACCACGGAACGACAGUAUGGGCUUGUUAGGAAUCCGGCAGACCUUAAACAAAGAGACUCUUGUAAGGACUGUGCUGUCAACCACGCACUAAGAAAAUGACUGCAUUUUUUCUAGGCUCUCUUAUAAAACAAUAACAUGAGAGAGUUCCUGCUCUGUAAUUGAUCCUUCUGACUGAACUUGAGUAACUCUGACUGCUGCUGAUUGUUCCUCAUACCGUUCACCUUUUGUUAUUAUUGUUAACAAACACAGUACUUUCUGGAAAUGGAUAUGUGAUGUUGUCAAUUUUGUUGAACCACAUAAAACAAAAUAUUUGAGAGGCUCAACAAAGACCUUACAUAAUAUAGUGACUCCUUGGAAUACUAUAAUACUCCGUACUAUACUCAUUAUCAGGCAUUGUACUGUCCUGCUAUUACCUUUGUGAUAGCUCUAUAUUCUUUUAGGUUCAAAGAAGUACUUGUCUCUGAUUGCUGUCACUGAAAACCCUCAUUUCAGCCCACUACUCUCUAGAACUCAGCACUCUGGAAACCUCCUUCACUCUUGCCAAGCUAUAAUAACACAUUUCUCUAUCUAGAAUGAAAAAUUAUGACACAUGGCCUUAUUAUUGGACCCGAAAUCUGACCCAAGAACUCCAGAACAGGACAAAAAAGGAAACACAACACAGAACAGCGUUACGUUUCUCCUGCUAUUUAAAGGACAUAAACCAAUCCUAAGUCUACCGACCUGUCCAGGCAGUCUGCUCCAUCUUAAGGCUGGCGGUUUGCUCUCGACAGGCUGAGUAAGGCUUUUCUUAGUGACCUCAUUCUGCAGUUCACUGUAGGAGGUGCUUCCCCUCUCCUCCUGCAGGGCCAUCAUGGACCGCACACUGGGAUCCACCUGCAGAGCAAAAACCAUCUUAGUUAAAUGUGUUGGUGAAUCUACUACUUCUGCUGUAUUUAGCUUUAAUCUUGAUUCUCUACGGCAACAUUAAUACUUAUUCAUUACGCAUUUAUAGAUCUGUAGGCCUCAAGCAGAAAUGUGAGACAUUAUGAUAUCAUUCACAGUGUCUGUUCAGCAGAGACUGACUUACAUGCUCAGGGAGUUUAAUGCCCUUCACCGUGACAUAAAGUGUGGAUGCAUAUUUCUGUCGAGGGUACUUCCUCCACCACUCGACCACCUCAAUCGUCUUCGGCUGUCCCUUUGCUCGAGGUGGAGGGCAGAAGAGCUGGAGGCGAAGUUUACUGUCGAUAUUCAGUACACCAUUUGUGCCGACCAUCUGGAUAAUUUAAGAAAAAGAGGAAUAAGCAUUAAAACAAGCAUGUAAAAAGAAAGAGGGAGUUAAUUCUUUAAAUGACUGGUCACCUUGAGGAACGCCCAAGCGAUCUUUCUGAAUCCUCGCUCAUGCUUGUCAACAUCAACGUUGGCCCUGGCUUCUUCCAUGGUUAUAAAGUCCAGGAUCUUUGAAAAAUAUCAAAAACAUUAUUUAAAAAUGUCAAAAUUAGCACAAUAUGUCUGCAGCACUGUCUCUUACUUCAAAGAAGAGGAUGACUUUGGGGCUUUCGUCGUUUUGCUCAACAAAGUAUCCAAAACGUUCGUUGAAGAUGAUCUGCUCAUGCCAUUCGGGGAUGAUGGAUUUGUUCUUUUUGAAGUCAAACGGUUGAGUCAUGAUAGGAAGAAUGUGGUCGACGUUCUCUUGCUCAUAAAACGAGGAAACAGGACGGUGGCUCCAAAAAGACAAUAGUAACAUUUUAACUCUAAGAUCGUUUUUGAAAUUAGAUGAGUGACCGUAUAGCCUGAAUUAACCAAACAAAGAUUGUAACAGCAGAGUUUAACAUUGAAUUCUUGGAAAUCUAAGUUUGUCCAUUCUUACCAGUCUUCUUUCUUCACAUACUGUCCAGUGUUUUCAUCCACUACAUGGAUCUUCACCAUGGGGUGUGAGAGCAGUAGGUCAGUUUUGAGGCGAUCUGUUCUGUGGAUGUAUACCCCCAGCACAAGGCUGUCAUCAAAUGUUGGUUUCUGUGGUACGUCUGCUUCAGUUUCACUCUCUUCUUUGACGACUAAAGACACAGAGAUCAAAAACAACAAACAAGAGAUUCAUCAGCUGAUUAUACAUAAACUAGCUGUGUAGAUGAUUACCUACUAAUAAACAUCAAGUUACCAUGUUUUUUCUUCUUCUUUUUCUUUUUUCCUUUAGCUUCGGUUUCAUCCUCGUCAGCGCCAGUGUUCCUGUCAGCUUCGUCAUCUUGAUCCCUACAAGAACCAAAGUCUUACUCCGUUAUGCUGCUAACACACUAAAAAAAUGCAUUUUAGUCUACAGACGCAGUAGGUAUACACACUCUUCUUGUGGCUGUGAGACGACAGAUUUCAGCUUCUUCUUCUUCUUCUUUCCUACAUCAUUAUUCAGGGUAACAUUCUGGGAGAUGAUACUGUCUUCCUCGCUCUUGUUUCUUGACUUCUUUAAAGUCCUCUCCUCCUCCUGUGCUAUCUGCUGCUGGUAUUCAUGCAGCAGCUUGUCCUCUGCAUCCUCCACCUGACUCUCUCCUUUGGACUCUGCAGCUCCUUUGCUUUUCCCCUUCUUACUUUUUCUCUUUGUUUCCUUCUCCCCGCCUUCGUCAUCCGCCUCCAAAGCAGUCUCAGACUUGGAAGCGUUCACAUCCUUUUCAAUGUAACUUGCGGCGUCCUCAGAAACAGGGAGGGAGGGAAGCUCCCUUUUACUCUUCCUCUUCCCCUUUGGAGUUGGGAUCUCCUCUUGGUUUCUGCUGUUGUUGAUAUUGAUUUUCUCUGCCGUUUCCCUCUCUCUUCGCUUAUUUUUGGUGUAGCGAGGGCUGCCCUGCUCAGGGUGAUAUGUGUUCUGGAGGAUCGUUUCAUCGUCUUCUGUGUCCUUGUCAAGGUUUAGAUUCUUUUUUAGAUUCUGAAGCUGAAGGAAAUGAGGGUACAAAAGAGAAUUUAAAAUAUGUGUAUGCAAAACUCCUUACAGACUUCUGCCAUUAAAUUUGUGAGCUUCACUUUGCAAAGUUUUAUUCACUUGCUAGGUAUGCAUCCUGCAUCUCUAAUGCAUUGAAAGUAAAAAUGACACAGCAAACUUGCCAUUCAGGCCAGACCCUACCUACUCACACCCAAAAUUGCAAGAUUUUCUAAAUGAUCCCCAUGUGUCACACAGCAGAAGCAUGGUUGAGUACAGAACAAACAGACACAUCUGCAUUCGUGGAAAACCUACCACAAUGGCUUCCUGAGUUUCAGCAUUCUUCUUCUUCUUCACCUUUUUCUUCUCUGACUCAGUGUAUUUCUUGAACACCUCGUUAAAUCUUUCACGGGUCUUCGCCCGCUCAUCACUCUCACCUGCAAAAGGAGACAUCACAGUCAUUACUGGACAAAACAGGCAUGAGCUUGCAACACUGAAGUCAGUUAAUAUGCCGUCAAAGCAUUGAGUAAUUAUAUAGUGAAGGGUGAAUAUUAUAAAAUACAGUUCAUUAAACAGUACUUUGGCGCAACUUUCAUGUUCUGCAGGUUUAAGGUACUCCCUUCAUUGUUUUUUUUCCACAUGCACAAAACAAGACGUCCCAUCUUUACUAGAAACUAUAUCAUGGUUAAUCAAAGGUUGCAGGAUGUUGGGGAGAAAAAAUGACAAUGCAGUAUGUUUUCUUUUUGUGAUAAAUAUUGUGACAUAAAAAAUGUGGGUUUUUUAAAGAUAAAUGUGUAAUAAAAAUUGGGAUCUUUUUUGUUAGUCUUUUUCCUCUCAUAUACUAUAACUUACAUAUCUCUGUUUGGCCUCAUUUGGUUAAUCUCUAGAAAAGCAAAUUUGGCAUUAGGUGCAAAAUCAUGGCCAAAAUGCCCAGACUCCCAUCUGCAACCCUACCCAAGCGUUCUUUACCAAAAACUACACAAUUAUAAUCACAUUAUAAUGCAUCAAAUGUAAUAAUCAACAAUAAUGCAAGACUGAGAAAAAGUAUUCUGCAUUUUUACUACAGCAAUUCUAUAAAUAAGGUGUAUAUUGAUGAUCAUAAGUCUGAAAACUGUGCAGCGGGACCAAACAUUGUGGUAUUACUACUUGAUCAGUAUUAUGUAACACUUUAGUGGCACAGGGACAGCAGAAAACUCACCUGCUGGCAUUGUCAGGCGCUGAAGUGUCUCUCAUGCUGAUUGCGAAGAGGGAGGAAUCCAAGCAUGAAGGUUUUCGGUUCAAAUCAUCAAUAAAGGAAAUACUGUAAACAAUGCAGAAGUCACAGGAUCACCUCUAUGUUGGUCUGAUAGCAGAUAUUCUGAACACAACGAAACAACGCAGAUAAACUCACUGACACAAAAGGGCAUCCUGUCAACAAGAGGAUAAAAAUACCUCCAGUACAACAACCUUUGUGGGCAUUUACAGUUCACCCUUAGAUAACAUUAGCUAGCCUGCUAAGUGCUAACGUUAGCUUAAUGGCAGUUUUACCUCACCACGUUUAAACCCUGACACUCACUUCCUCAGUAAGCAUACUCUGAGCAUUAAUAUACAACAAAUUCCACGUAUAUGCCAUAAAAAGGCAUACUGUGAAUCUCUAACCGAGUGUAUCUACACGGCUGUGAUUGCUAACGCUGACCUCCGGGGCCGACAACAACGCUUCAGCGGUUUCCAAGCCAACCGCUAAAUUCAUGGGCGGAGCUUAGCCACCAUGUUCGUGACGUACACAUUCAAAACAACAAAUCCACCAAUGAGAUUGGUGACAGUAGUAUCGUCACUCCAGACGAAUUGAGUUGCUUCCUCCCAUGCAGAAACCAUUAAGUGUUGGAUACUUAAAACGGAGAUUAUUACAACUUUUACAGCUGAAAAUAGGGUUUUAAUUGGGAGAAGUUUCGGCUCUCUGAAUUAUAAAAAUAAUAAUGUUGUUUUUAUCUAAAAUUGUCGGUCCAAUAAAAAUCAAAAGGAAAAAAUCUGUUUCAGAUAUCUUGUGAUAAAAUAUAUGCUGGUUAAACCACAUUAUUAAUUCUCUUGUAUUUGCAAAUCUCUAUUUAUAAAACCUGUCAGAUGGCUGUGAUGCUGAAUUAGCUAACUCUUAUUUACCUUUGUGUCACGUGACGACGGUGGGCGUACCCAUGCGCCGCUUGCACAAAACAGACAGGUGUUUUAACCCUCCAGAGAAGAUGCAGUCAUGGCUUCGAGUUUUUGUAGAAAUUGUUCCCGACUGUUGAAAGAGUUUAUCGCUCAUUUGAGGGAAUUCUGCCGAGAGUUUGAGGAAACGAUAAGAGACAUUUUCAGAGACCUUGCGCAAUGCACGUGCUUUAGGAGUACACCUGAGAGGGUUUUCCGUAGGAGAAGGACAGAGCUACAGUCUCUGCUUCCUUUGUGUGGUAAGAGCUUUCUGCAGCCGUCAUUUUUCUUUGUUGUGAACAGCCCAAUGCAGCAAAGUUGAGGAAGGAAAAGAGUCUUUGAACAAAAUGUUCUCAGUUGACACGGAGUUGUUUUUAAAAUGUUAGAGAUCACAUUAGGCGCCGAAAAUUAAUAGAUUUUAUUCUAUUUCAUGCAAAUAUUUAUUGCAAAGUGUAGACUAGGGGAGACCAGGGAUGGUUGUAACAUUUUUGUCUGUAUCUCAGAGCUGUUUUAAACCAGUGCAUUCAAACUUUGAUACAAACUAGGUCUAUGUAUCUGCUAUUUAAUGCUGUAGCAGUUACCCCUGCAACACAAACAGACUACGCAUAAUUUAGUCCGAAACACAUGUAGUGAAAUGUUACGAUUCACCCCAUAGUCUGGGUUAGUUGUAACAUACCCUGGGGUGAAAUGUAACACUAAAAAAUUAGGAUAAUGACAAAACUUUAUUGAUUGGAAGCUCUGUAUUUAACACUUUAAUAUAACUGGUGUGUGUGUGUGUGUGUUUGUUUGAGCCUAUAUGUUAGAUACUGCCAGUUCUAGAAGUGACUGACAACUAAACAUGAUACAACUGAACAAAAUGUGAAAAUAUGAAUCGACUGAAUAUAAGUAGGCUAUGUGUGAGUGUGUGUCUUUGCCGUGGCUUCAACAAUUACACAGCAGUGUGUGUGCGCAUGUGUCUAAACUAUAGACUGUAUAUACUAUGGACAACUUGGUUCCGCCUUCCGCCUGUUUUUUUUCUUCAUUUCUGAAACCAACAUUGAACAGUAGCGUUGUGCGCAUUCGGCGGGAGAGUCGCUGAGAGUCUUUGUGAUGAUGCUUGGCUUAAACAACGUAUCACCCGGGUGAGCUACGUAAUCUUCGUACGCCUAUAGGCUUUAUGAAGUGUCAAUCAUAGAAAACAUGAACCCCCUAAUAACUUUUAAAAAUGGAGCUGCACAGACAAAAGAGGACUUGAGCACUAACCAGUCUCACAGUAACUACAUGUCAACACUGAAAAAUGUAUAUUCUGUGUAAUAAAUUCCUAAAGUUUGUCCACAGCCCCAUAAGCUUUGCUUGCGGAGGCGGGAUUUAUGAUCUAUACUGCAGCCCAUCAACAGAGGGUGCUGUUCUCGAAAUGGCUUCACCCAUCGUGGAGGCAGACGGCGUCCAUUCUAUAUACAGUCUAUGGUGUGAACUGAACAAAAUAUUGAGAGGAACCCCCAGUCAGUCUUUCUCUUCCAAGACUAGGCAUACUGAAUUUAAAAAAAAAAACAUAAAGAUAAUAAAAAGUUUGCUUGGGGAAGGUUGUAACAUUUUUCAUUGCUGUUACAACUAACCCAGAGCCUUGUCAUCAGGAACUAGCUUACUUUACAGCUAACAGAUAAAACUUUAGCAUGAACAACUUGCAAGAAAAAUAUAUUAAUAGACACACAAAAAGCAUGAUUUAAGUUUGAUGAGUUCAACCUCAAAGCAGGCAAUGCUACCAUAAAAAUAUCUGAAUAAAAAAAACUACUUUCUUACCUCAAAAUUAGUUUUUUUUUCUCUUAAAAUUGUCUGUCUACCACAGGAUCCUACAUGUACACAUGUGGAACAAGGACUAAACUAAACAUGUGCAGAGUGAGUCAGAUGAUUUGUAACCUGUUCCUGACUGAAGAAAAAUUGGAAGUGUUACAAUUGACCUGUGUUACAACCAUCCCCGGUCUCCCCUACUUUCCAUUUGUACAGAUCUGACUUAAAGUGCACCGUUUUUAUUGCAGCCUGCACAAUUAACUGCAUUAAUCAUUGUUUAUUUGUUCCUUUCUCUCAGAUGAUGAAACUCAACUUCUUAAUCCAGAUAGUCUACAGACACUUAACAGCCUCUCAACCUCAGAAAACACUGAACUACAAAUGUCUGCAGCCAUGUACUAUUUGCACCUCAGCCAUCACGGUGAGUAAAGAACACAAACAGAUUUUUAUGUCACCUCGACAAAUGUCAUGAUGUUCCUGCAGAUUAGUGAGACAGAAAAUGAGACUAUUGUUUGCACUUCAGGUUUCUCAUAGUAUCACUCUUUGUGCAGAUAAGCUCCCCAACGGGUAUGACCAGUAUCAUGCAAAUUUUCAACUGUCUUCUUUUAUCCCAGGCUGGGCAGAUAAUUUACAGCCAUUUGUGGGCUUUGGUAUCAUAAUGAAGGACAAAUAAAAGGCUUUUAAUUUGAAAUCCUACAUUAUUGUAACCCUCUUUAUGACUAAUGCAGGAUUAUGUACCCAUAUCAAGUGACUGUGCUGUUAAAUAUAGUUUUUCCUUUUUUCCUCAGAUCAUUUUGUCUAUGCAGAGUACAGGUUAUAUAAUAUUCAAAUAUGUGACCACAUACUGUGCUGUGCAUUUUGCAUAAAUGUGACGGUUGAGGGAUUCCCGUGAUUGCUAGAUUGAGGUUGAUAAAAUACAGGAGAACAUCCUUUGAAAAAAUGUUAUACAAAACCAGCUAAAAGUUUUUCUUUAUCUGUUUUGUAAUUGUUUUUACAGUAAAGUCUCCCCUGUCAGAGGCUUUCAUGGAACCAGUCAUGGCCUUACUUUUAUCAGCUGACCUGGAUGUGCAGAAAACCGUCUCUCUCUCUUUGGUCAAUCUCCUGGUGAAGAAUUACGGUAACAGAUAAAAUCACACAGUACUGGAUGUACAAAAUUUUGUUUAUUCAUAAUCCAGAGACUGAUUUGUUCCCUUUAGGUCAAAUUAAUGCAGUUUCAACCCUUUCAGCAUGUUUUACAUGGUCCGGAGGGCCCCUAAUCAUCUGUAAAAUCUGAUUUCAGUGUGUAAAGAAUUAGCCGUUGAGAUGGGGAUGCUGGUGCCUUUAAUGGAGAUGUUCCAGUCUGGUGAUGCCACCGCUCAGUGUCACUCAUGUGCAUGUGUGGCCAUGCUCGCCUCCUCAGGUUUGUACCUGAGAAUUGAGUUAUUCUAUGACACCUUCUCUCUUGCACUGGUUUCAAGCAUUAAAAAUGACAAUAUAAAAUAUGUCAGUCUUGUCAUUAUUGCUUUUGUUUACAGUAAAAAGGCAUCAGUAUGAAUUUAAGUCUGUUGCAUCAUUGUCAAAAACCCCUAAAAAAAUUUGUAACAUCAUUUAAGACCUCUCAAACCCAGUCCAAUUACUAAAAACUUCUGGAUUUGUAUGGAUAGAAUCAAAGUAUAUAAUAUUUCAGAGCUUUUUACACUCCCUUAAGUUAUAUGUGAAGUUUAAAAUACAUAUUUUCUUACAGAAUCAGGCAGUGAAGCUAUCAUCAUGGAUGGGAUCCUCCCACUGUUGGCUUUAGCAAAAUCCUAUGAUCCAAAGGUGCAACAGAAUGCAACCUGGGCUCUGUUACACCUCACACAGUCAGGUGGGAUCUUUCACUCUAAAAGUGUGGAGUUUCCACUCUGCUGUUGCAUUGAAAUAAAAAACAAGUUCAAUCUCCCCUCUCUUUGUCAGACUGGUCCACGAGGAUGUUAUGUCAAGCAGGAGCCAUCCCUGUCCUGGUUCUCCUGCUGCAGUCUUCAGACUCAGUGGUUCAGUUUUACAGCUGCUCCACUCUGUGCAACAUCGCUGCAGUGGAGGAGCACCACCCACAGCUGCUCAGCAUGGGGGGUCAUUUUUUAUUAAAGUCUCUUCUGACUCUCAUGUCGUCCUCUGUGAACAAGGUAUUUAUGAACUGAAGUGGCUUGAAGAUGAAUUCAAGUUGGAAAAUAAGCGACAUGUUUACUUCUCGAUCCAUUUUCAGAAUUCAACCCAAGCGUGCAGAUGCCUUCAGACUCUCUCGAAGAACGGUAACUGUUUAAUUAUGACAGAAAUGUAAUAUUAGUUAAAAAAACAGCUGUGAUUGUGCGGUUUUUGUGUGCAGUGGUGAUCCAGGAGCAGCUGAUGGAGCUGGACUGUGUGUUCCCCCUGAAGGCUCUGCUGAAAACAUCUUCACCAGAGCCAGCACUAACACUACUGUCUGUACUGUCUGCACACACACCAAACCAUGUAGGACCUCCAACAGUACAGCAUCACAAACCACCACCAACUAUUCUGUGUAAAUCCCUGUUAUUCAUGAUACUGUCUGCUUUGAUUUUAGGACGUUCUUGUAAGUGAGGGUCUGCUGGAUGAAAUCAAUCAGCUGCUUUGUCACCACGGAUCAAACUCUGUUAUUAUCAGGCACAGCUGUAAGAUCAUCUCUGACCUGUGCAGCUCCGGCGUGGGCCAGCAGGUACGCAGAGGCUGAUAUUAGCGAUUUUCACAUGUCUGUGUUUAAUAAACGUGUUGAUAAAGCUUCAUUGAAUGCAAUCAUUAUCUAGGCUGUGUUGGAGAGUCAGUGUCUAUCAGGGCUGCUCCGCACCCUUCUGCCCCCCACCCUGUCAGAUGAGACUUUGCUGCAUGUGGUGUCACACGUGAAUCAACUGAUGACCCGAGGUGAGUGAACUGUGAAAUGAAUUAGUUCUGUUGCUGCUUUUGGGCUUAAACAUCUCUCUCCUGAAUGAUCAUCAUUACAAAAUAAGAUCCUUGUGCUUAACCUUUUUUAUUUUUCUUCAUAUUUCAGAUCCACUGAAGACCUCAGUAUCCAUGACGAUAACAUCAGAACAAGUUUCAAGGCUGGUGAAGUUGUCCGGACAAACGCAGAAUCCUCAGUUAUCUUACAACAGCGCAGGCAUCAUCAGUAAACUAGAAAUGACCGGUAAUGUUACACACAAAUACAGCACCAGUUCCAAAGAAAAAAAUACCUGGUACACUGAGUGAAAUGUGAAAUUUAAUGCCUGUGGCACCAAACAUUUUGGCCAGGAACAACAAUAACACUGAAAUAUUGUGUGAUGUGAAAACAACAAAACACCUCACUAAACAUCUAUCGACUAAUAAUGUUAAUUUGCAUCAUGACGAGGCUUUUAAAGAGCAACCCAGACACUCUGAGGCUGUGUCCGAAAUGAAUCACUCAGUCCCUAACCCCUAACCCCCAUAUGGGGUUUCACUAUAUAGUUGACUAUGUAGUGAGCUCAAUCACUACAGGUUUCAGACACUACCGCUGUGACGUUGCCUCUGGAGACGCAAUGCAUGACGGGAUUCCCACCACUCAUGAGUGACCAUCGGAUGGUCACUACAUUUUCAAUGCUUUAUGGGAAAUUUUGAGUCGCCUAUAUGGGGCACUGGAAUUGAUCACUGAGGUUUCGGACACCCCUCAAAAUGGUGCUAACCCCCAUAUAGUCGCCUAUAUAGGGGUUAGGGAUCCAUUUCAGACACAGCAGGAGUUAAUCAGAAGUAAAGGUGAGAGGAAAAUCACAACACUGUGAGAGACUGCAUGAGAAAAUAGUAAAAAAAAAGUUCCAGGGUACCAUGAGAGGACCAUACCAUACAUACCAAACUGUGUAAACAUGAACCUACAUAGUAAGGAAAACUGUCCUGUGGGCUGAUGAACAGAAAUCUGACAUUCUCUCUGGAAUCCCUGGAUGCUGAAUAUUUGGCUCUAGAAAUAGGAGGGACCUUAUAGCUUGUUAUUAGCUCAUAGUUCAAAAGACAGCAUCUAUGACAGUGUGCAGAUGCAUAAGUGCAUGUGACAUGAGUAGCAGUCACAAAAAGUUCAUCUUUUUUUCAUGAUUUGAUUCAAAAAGUGAAAAUUCCACAUAUUCUUUAUUCAUCACACACAAAGUUGAUUAUUUCAAGAUUUUUUUGUUUUGAACCUCAAUGAUACCCGCUUACAGCUCAAAAAUCAAGCAUGAAAAUAUUGAGGAAAAGCACUGUUUCCUCCCAGGUGUUUCAGUCUUUAAACGAGCUCUAUCAGCUAAUUAACUCUGAACACCUGUGGAGAUUCACAGAGCCUUUACUCUACUUAUCUCAGCAAGACUGUACCAAACCACAUUCUGCACAGAUAUAACAGCAUGGCCCCCUAGUAGAAGAGUCCUGGUGUUAGACAGGCCUAUCGAAAACCGUUGAUGCAUUACCUUUACAUUUACAGCUUCAUUCAAAGAAGAGGUGAUGCAACACAUUAAAUAAUAUUAUGUACUUAUGUACUAAGAUUUUUGAAAUGAGCAUAUAUUUUACUAUUUUACGUCAUCUAUAUUUUAAUGCUGUUUAUUUUUUCAUUUGCUCAUCCAGAGGAGACAGUCCAGUUGCUGAGACCUCACUACAUGGAUAUGAUGAGGUACCUGCUGGUGUUUAUGCAAAAUAAAGAUGUGCAGUUCCAGCAGCUUGCCAUCGUUACAACAUUCAACCUCAAGAAAGGUUUGUAUUUGUUUUCAUAUUUAGAAGCAGAGUUUAAAGCAGCUAUCUAAAUUAGAUGUCUUCUAACCCAGCUGUGAGUGUGAGUCAGUAGAUCUCAGCUUGUAUGUGCUGUCCUCCUCUGCAGAUGGAGACUUUUCUGCCCUGCUGGCAGACAGUGAGUUGGAGGUUCAGCUCUGGAGGGUGCAUGCGCAGAUGGAGGAAACCAGACAACUGCUGCAAAUGAUUCAGCCCCUUUCUCCACGUUCUGUUAACCCUUCACUCCCUCAGUGAAAACACCGCUGUAUGAAGCACUGUGUGAACUGGACUUAUGUUUAUCAUGCCAUGCACUGUCUGGUGGUGCAGCAUUUCUUUUAUCAUGUUUUGAGUUUUUAUCUUCCUACCUUUUUUUAUAUUUACAGGCAACAAAGAAGUUGAGGCAGAGGUGUGGCAUAGUAUCAACUUUAAUUGAAUAUGGCAUAUACUGUAACAAGUCAUAGGUAUAGGCAAUACUAAUACCAAAG